UAGUAAACCACCAAUCUGAUUUUAUAAGCACACAUAUACAUAGAUCAAUCAGUUAAAUUAAUUUGAUUGGAUCACUGUUUCACUCUCAAUAUUCUCUCUUACAAUCUCUUAUCUAUUAUUUCAUGAAACCACAUAAUUUCCAUCACAAAAACAACAUAUGGAGUGCACCAUGAUCCUCAAGAACCUCAUAUUCUCUUCACCAAGAUGGUUGUAUUCCCAUUUAUGGCUUUCAGACAUAACAAUGGGGCUCUUCAUCAUCUUCAUAUCCAAAUCCAUAAUUCAAAGUCUCACGACAAGAGGUCCUAUGAUAUGGCCGAUUGUUGGAUCGUUUCCAACGGUUGCCUUAAAUGCCUUUAACAUGUAUGAAUGGGGUAGCAAAGCUUUGAUCAAAUCUGGUGGAACAUUUUCCUAUAGAGGUCUUUGGAUGGGUGGCACUUUUGGGAUUGUCACAAGUGAUCCUAUUAAAAUCGAAUACAUGCUCAAGACAAAUUUCAAAAAUUUCCCAAAAGGGAAAGCUUAUAAAGAAAGAUUCUAUGAUUUUCUUGGAGAUGGGAUCUUUAACGCCGAUGACGAGUUGUGGAGGAUGCAGCGUCGUGUGGCAAACUCGGAAAUGCAUUCUACUCGCUUCAUACGCUUCUCCAUGGACUCCAUUAAGACACUUGUGCAUGACAAGUUGUUGAAGCUUUUAGAUGCUAAAAAGGGGUGUGUUAUUGAUUUGCAAGAUGUGCUUCUUCGUUUUACUUUUGACAAUACUUGUGCAGUCGCAUUUGGUGUCGAUUCGGGGUGUUUGGAUGUUGAAUUACCAGAAAUGCCCUUCGCGAAGGCAUUUGAGAAGGUGACUUUUAUGAUUUUGAUGAGGUUUUUGACCCCUCGUUACCUUUGGAAGCCACUAAAGUUUUUCAGAUUAGGGUUUGAGAAAACACUACAAGAAGCUGUCAAAGUUGUGCACGAUUUCGCUGAAAAAACUGUAAGAGAAAGAAAAAUGGAAUUAUUAUCCAACAAAGAAGGCAUAAAGGGCACUUCAAGGUGUGAUCUUUUGUCAAGACUUAUUAUAAUGGAACAAGAUAAAAAAGAAAAGUUUUUUUCUGAUAAACUGCUUCGAGAUUUUUGCAUGAGUUUCAUCUUAGCAGGUAGAGACACAAGCUCAGUGGGAUUAUCAUGGUUUUUCUGGUUAGUUGCCAAAAAUCCAUCUGUUGAAACACGAAUUCUCGAGGAAAUCCAUGACAUCUUACGAAAGCGAGAAGAACCCUACAAGGAAAAUCAAGAAAACAUAAUAUUUACAUUAGAAGAGCUGAAAAACAUGACUUAUCUACAAGCAGCAAUAUCUGAAUCCUUACGUUUAUACCCUCCUGUCUCAUUUGAUCACAAAGAGCCACAAGAAGACGAUGUUUUCCCAGAUGGGACUCCAGUUCGAAAGGGUGCACGAGUUGUAUACAUGAUGUAUGGCAUGGCUAGAAUGGAGAGCCUUUGGGGUAAAGACUGUUGUGAGUAUCGGCCUGAAAGGUGGAUUAAAGAUGGUAAAUUUGUGAGGGAGAGCCAGUUCAAGUACACAGUGUUUAAUGCUGGUCCACGGAUGUGUGUGGGCAAAAAGUUUGCAUAUAUGCAAAUGAAAAUGAUUGCUGCUUCGAUUUUACUAAGGUAUAGAUUGAAACUCGUUGAAGGACAAAAAGUAUGUCCAAAAGUAAACACUACACUUUAUAUGAAGCAUGGGCUAUUGGUCAUAAUGGAGCCUAGGGCAAAGUUAAUAGAUUGAUGUUGAAUUUCAUGUAAUUCCUUUAAUGUAAUGGUUGUGAACUUAUUUGGAUUGUUA